CAUAUAUAUAUACUAUAUGUAUAUAAAUAAAGUAAUCGGCGGAAUCGAAUAUACCAUCCGAUAGAAUGUCGCCUCUGAAGGUGCUGCAGGCGAAUUUCCAUUACGCUACCAAUUUGAAUAUAUGUGCGGCUAUUCGCUCGAUUCGUCCUUUACUGAAGAGUCCCAUUGCCCAAGUGAUAAUAUCGUUUGUUGUGGGCUAUUAUGCCACGGCAAAGAUCGCCCAGGUCUACUUACUAUACAGAACACAUGUCAGCAGCAGUCAAGCGAAAUUGGAUGAGGAAACGUCGCAGGAAAAUGAUAGUCAGGACAGCCACGAGGGCCAGGACAGUCCAGCUCUGAACGGAGCUCCGUCGCCUAAUGCCCCGAAUGCUCUGCGGCUAACCCGCCUACAGCUGAUGGCCUACGAUGGCAUGCGAGAGGGCGAACCGGUAUACACGGCGCUCAACGGCAACAUCUAUGAUCUCAGCUCCUCGCGCGACACUUUCCUGAAGCCCGGUCCCUGCUCUCUGCUCGCCGGCAACAAUGCCAAUCAAGUGCUCAGCAUCGCAUGCGGCUCAAUGGGCGUCUCCACAGCUGAUCUCAUCCAGCGCUGGGAACGCAGCCUCAACGCCGAAUUCCAAAUCAUUGGCCAGUUGAUUGACAGCGACGAUGACUCUGAUAGCGACGAACUGUUGUAGAAAUGAUUGUU